AUGAGUGAAAACAAAAAGGAUGAAAACGAUAUUGGAUCGCAAGCCGAGGAGCUGAACCCCUCCUCGAGCGAGGAAAUGCACCUCAAGGGUGCGGACACGGUAGACGGAGUUGUGUCGCGACUAAUUGAGAGUUUUAAGAAAUUAGAACUGCCCAGUAGUGCACCCGUCGACGGUUUGCAACAAUACGACAUGAGCCACGAAAAGCGCGGAAAGGCCAUAAUUUUCAACCACUGUGAAUUUGAUCCGCAACUGAAUCUUCACAAGAGGGAAAAAACCGACAAGGACGUAGAAAGGUUGAAAGCCGUGUUCAACAAGCACUCGUUUGAAGUGAAGGUCUACAGUGACUUGAAAGCUUCUGAUCUAUUUUAUAUGAUCGACGCAGCUAUUGCCAAUGCCGAUCACUCAAACGCUGACUGUGUGGCAGUAGUAAUCCUAACCCACGGCGAAGAAGAAGACGUGCUCUUUGCCAGGGAUGGAACCUACAAACUCUGUGACUUACUGGACAUGAUCACACCUGAUAAAUGUCUAUCCCUGGCAGGCAAGCCGAAAUUAAUUUUCGUCCAGGCUUCCAAUGGCGAUAAAGUAGAUCACGGCAGGAUGGUUGGUUUUCGUCCAAAGCAUAUGAGUGUCCAGAUUCCAAGCUACGCAGAUUUCUUAAUUGCAGAGUCUAGAGCACGAGGUUACAUCGCCAUGAGGUAUGAGGAAGAAGGCUCUUUGUUCGUAAGGGCGAUGGAAGAAGUACUUUCCAAGGAAAAGAGUCACACCACAAGUUUUUUUACUCUCAUGACAGAAGUUAAUGGUUGUGUGGCUUUGAAGUACCAAAAUAAUCCUGGAGAUUUGAAGCAAGUACCUUCCAUCACGACCACACUGACAAAGGAACUUGUGCUUGUCAAGAAAUAA